CUUGCGCAGUUUUGCACUGGACAAACUCACAGACACUUCAACUUUUAACCUGCUUCUUAAACCUGCGCUCCAUUUUUAUCUGAUGUUGAUUUUGUAUUUCUGUUGUUUUUCUCUCAAUAAAAUCCAUUUUAGUAUGUUCUUUUAACUCUGGGGUGGACUGUUUUUUAAAUUUUAUUUUUGGUUUAAAUAGUUUGUUUAAAGUCACCAUGAAAUCAAAAUGGACCGUUGUUGUUGUUUUUUUUUGUUUGUUUUUUAAUGGAAUAUUAGUAAUCGGGGCAACCUGUCACUCACAUGAGAUCCACCAAUAGCAAACCACAACCAUCCAAUCAACUACCCACGGAUAAAAUCAAGCCCCGCCCUACAUUGUUCUUGUUCCAGAAGCUGUUUUUCUACAGUCGGUACAGUUCUACAGUCGGUUGUCUCUUUCGGCUGUCAUGAUGCAGAGUCUCUCUAAGCGAGUUAAUUAAAAGUGAACUCUAACCCUAUCAAAAUAAAAAUGUCAGAUGUUUAAAAGAAACUGUAGAUACGGUGUCUGUACACACAGGACGUGUUUAAGAGAUCAAAAUCUAGACAGAACUGAGCUCAUGAGAGACUUGAAAUAAAAUAAAUGUAACUUUUAUAAACAUGUUGUCUUGAAAAGAUGACUGUGAAACUGUGAGACAUCACAAUGCCCUUACCAAAAUUAACCGUAGUUUUACUACAAAUAAAACACUAAAAAAACAUGGUUAAUCUAGUUAAAACAUGGUAAUCACAGAUUAACCAUGGUUUUGCUACACUAACCAUAGUUUAACCAUGGUAUUGAAGUAGUAAAACUGGUUAUACAAAUGGUAAUCAAUCUGCCAAAAAAAAAAAAACAUGGUUGCUACACUUUUACUAUAAUAAAACCAUGGUUAAUUUUCAUAAGGGUGGCCCUGCAAAUCAGACUAGUCUUGAUGCUGGUUUUAGAGGGGGUUUCAGUUUUUCAGCUGGUCAGGGUGGGAAACCAGCUAGACAAACCUAAAAAUGAACCCCAGCAAACCAGUUGUUCUGGGUGUGGCUGCAUCAGUGUGAUUCACACGCAUGCCGCACAAUCAUUCCUCCACCCCAACUGCAAGUGAGGAGAUGAGGGGUGUGGCGCAUCGCUGAAGGGACAUGAGAGAAGACACAGGGAGACUCUUCAUACCAAGAUCAGGAGAGAGAGAGAGAGAAGAGAUUGAGAGACAGCCGGACAGACACUGACCUAUCUGACACACACACACACACACAUAUGGAUUUCUCUAAUCAGGUCUCUGUGGAGCGGGGUAUCGGUCCUCGGGGCUCCCUCUCUGAGCUUUGUUUGGUUUUGGUUGGCAGCAUCGGCUGUGGAAAGACCCUGACAACAGACACCCUGCUGGGUCAGAGAUCGGGUCUGGAACCCCCGGCCUCUACACGUGUGAGUCAGAUAAGGCGAGACUGUCAGAGGGCCGGAGGCUGAGCAUUGUGGAAACCCCUCGCUGGUACUGGCGGGGCAAGGAGUUGGAGGCCGACAUCCAGGAGGAGACCCGGCGGUCCCUCAGCUUGAGUGCAUCCGGACCCUUCGUCUUCCUCUUUCUCAUUCCCAUCGGGGAGUUUACGGAGAUGGAGCGGCGCAUCCCAGAUCAGCUGGAGCACAUGUUUGGGCAGUCGGUGCUGGGUCACACACUAGUGCUGCUCACUUGUGGCGAUUACCUGAUGGGCCGCAGUCUAGAUGACUACCUCAAGAAGGAGGAGGGGCUGCAGGAGGUGGUGAGGAGGUGUCGCGGCCACUGCCAUGUGAUCAAUAACCGCAGACCAGACGACAGACAGCAGGUCGUCACUCUACUGAGAAGGUGAGGCACUGGGGCUACAGGUGUCUGACUGAAAGCUGAUUGGCCUCUUCCUUCAUCUAUGGUUGCUGAUUGUGGUCUCUUCCAGGGGUGUCCAGUCCUGCUCCUCAAGGGCAAGAGCAGAGUUUAGUUCUUACACUAAUUAAACACACCUGAACCAGCUAAUCAAGGUCUCCAGGUUCACUACUUCCAGGCAGGUGUGUUGGAGCCAAACUCUGCAUGAACGUGGCCCUUGAGGAGCAGGAUUGGACACCCCUUGGCUGCGCUUCCCCAAAAGCAUUGUAAGCCUAUGUCAGGGUACCUCAGGUCCGGCCCUACAGAGUUUAGCUUCAACCCCAAUCUAAAGACACCUUACCAAGCUAAUCAAGAUCUUCAGAUUUGCUAGAAAAUUACAAUUAGUUGAGUUUGAUCAGGGUUUGAGCUAAACUUUGCACUGCAAUGGCCCUCCAGAACCGGAUUUGAGGAACUGUGGCCUAAGUACAUAGCAGAAACCAUUGCCACGAAUGGUCUUUACAGUCUACUUGUGCUUACAGUGCUUUUGGAAGUGCAGCUCUGGUCUAUUCUGAUUUGGUUUUCAGUUCUGAUCUUUAGGACUGACUGACCAACCGCACUAUCCUUUACCAGCACUCAGAUCAGAUGCAUUUGUUGGGGCAGUACAAUCAAUACUGAAAGAAGAAAAAUGUGGGUGAAGAUAGAACAGAUGUUUAUCAUGACAGUGUCACAGUUGAGACCAGUUCAUUCAAAUCCGAGUCCAGGCCGAGACCAGAGUAGGUUGUGUCUUGGUCAAGACAGAGAUCGAAAGAGGGUCUGAAUGAUUCAGAUAGUGUAAUUAUGCUUUCCUUGUCCAAUCCUGCUCCUGGGAGGCCACUGUCCUUUCAAAGUUUAGCUCCAACUCACUUGCCUCAAAGUUUCUAUUUAGUCUGAAGUCGGAUUAGCUGGUUCAAGUGUGUUUAAUUAGGAUUGGAACUGAACUCUGCAGGACAGUGAACUUCCAGGAGCAGGUUUGGAUUCUCCUACUUUGGGGUCAAUGAAGUCUAGUUUUGCAUCAAUGUCACGCAAACCUCCGCAGCACAAAACACAGUGUGCUCCAGUCCACAGACAAGAUAGAACAGAGCGGAUCAUACGCACAAGUCAGCACAGACCACAAAACAUAUGUGCAGUGUUUUAGUAUUUGAAAGUGGACUCCCUAUUGAUCAGUUUCAAGUCAAUGCCAAGCCCAAAUGCACCUGAGUCCACAAAAAUAUGGUCUUGAACACAUUUAUGUUGUGUAUUGAACACAUUUAUAUCUAGACAGUAACAUGUUUGAUGGUGAAAUAAAAGAAAUUACUCAUCUUAGAGGUCACGCUGUAAUGGAUGGGAUAAUGUUUUAUGUCAAAGUACAAAUUUUAUGAUUUUGAGACAUGUUUACCUAGUUUCUUGUGUCACAGGCAGAGCAGAUGAUACAGAGGAACGGAGGAUUUCACCUGCUCAGAGAUGAGGAGACACGUGGGAAAGACGUCAGAGAGGACAAGGAGGAGUUGAAAACAGAGAUGAAACUCAGUGCAGCAAGAGACACGAUGUGGAAUGGAGGCAUCAGAGGAAAACAAACAAAAAUCAACACAUUUGACAAACACACAGAGGAUACAGUAAGUGAUGGAAUGAUUGAGAGACAGCUGAUUAAUGGACUUCAGUCACAGCAGCGGGAGUAUGAGGAAACACACAACCAACACUCACCGCUGGAGAGAAGCCCAAGCUUCAAACUCACCAAAGAGGGAGCCAUUCUCAGUCAGAUGAUGGAGGUGCCAGAGGUCCAGUACAGCCAGAGCUUCACCAACACUAGUGGGUUCAUAACAUUGACUCACAUCUAGUUUGUUCUGAGUGUUUUCUUCCUGUCUGGCAUGAAAAGAGUCUCUGUGAUCUUCUAGUCUGUAAUCUUCAGGUUCAGGUCUCUUCUUCAGGGAUUUUUCUUCAGGGAGUGUGUCCUGAUACUUAUACAUUUGCUUUGUUUCUCAUUCAAGUCCAUCACAGUUUUAAGAAGGUUUCGGAUGACUUAGAAACUCUCUCUUCUGUAUCACCAUCAUCCUCAUAUUCCUCCUCUGAUCUUCUGAACGAUUCUUCGCUGCCUGAGUUGAGAAUGGUUCUGCUGGGUCACCGUGGUUCUGGGAAGAGUGCGGCUGGGAACAUCAUUCUGGGGCGUGAGGAGUUUGAGGUGCAUGGAGAGGAUGUCAGAGCGGCUGCUCAGCAGUGUGUGAAGGCCAGAGCACUCGUGGAGGACACACGGGUAUCUGUGAUUGAUACACCAGACUGGUUUCAGUCAGAAAGAUCUCCUGAGGAGGUGAAAGCUCAGAUUUCCUCAUGUGUGGCCCUGUCGGCCCCAGGCCCUCACGUGUUCCUGUUCUGUGUCCCUGUCGACCGGCCCACUCACUCCGAGAUGCCGGCCCUGAGAGCGCUGGAGGGCGUGUUCGGACCUGACGCCGUCCGCCGGCACACGAUCGUCCUCUUCACACGCUCAGAGCUGCUGCCGGAGGGAGCGGCAUGCGUGGAGGAGGUGGAGGCGUACAUCAGUUCCCGACGGCCUGAGAUGCUGGAGCUGGUGCAGAGAUGCGGCGACCGCUAUCACGUCCUACAGUCAAAGUCACGUCAAAUCAGCGGUGUCAAGGAGCUGCUGGAGAAGGUGCAGCAGACUGUGAAGGAGAGUGGAGGAGGUUUCUACAGCUGCUCGCUCUACCAGCAGAACCAGGAGGAGGUCAAGACCAUCAAGAGAGACAGACAGAACCAGUCUCACACUCUGGACGCUUUGAGAGAGACAGAGGAAGAGGAGGAAGUAAUGUCCGCAGUGGAGAAGAGCGACUGUCUGGUCUCGGCUGCGCCGGCUCCGUCGCUACUACAUUCCAUGUGGGAGAGGACGAGCUCAGGUGCGAGACGGGUGCCGAAGCUCCUGGCCGUGGGGGCUCUGACUGGAGCGGCACUGGGCGUGUUCCUCGCAGGAGCUGUAGGGGGCGCUGUAGGGGCAGCGGUGGGCUCUGUGGUCACUGAGGUCGGAAGACGGAGAUUCAUUAAACAGAAAACAGAGUGAUUCCAGAAAUAGACGGACAGUCUGAUCUGCUCUGUGAACUGUAAAAUCAUUCCCACAUUUGUGGUUUCUUGCAUCACGUCAUGUCUUGCAUAUUCAUCUUUUAGGUUUUGAAUUUAAAUGUUUCCAGACCACUCUAAAUUCAGCUGAUUCUUCACCAGCAACUCCAUGAACACAAGAACAAAUCAUCUUCAACAUGUUCACAGCCUUUCUUUCAUUUCUGUAACCAUUCAUUUAUAACACCAGCGUAACAUGUUCUGUUUCUUGAAAAGAAUAAAGCGUCACUGUAAUUUAUCACUAGAUGUGUUCCAUCCUGACAAUGCAAUAUUUAUAUUGUAAUAAAUCCAUUAAUGUGAACAAGUGAUACGUCAUCACUUCUACUAAUCCAGCUGACCACACUUCAUAUAUAUUGAUUAAAAUAUAUAUUAAACAGAAAUGGGGGGGGGGGGGGGGGGUAUGUAGUGUUCAAAAAAGUAAACGAUAGAUAAAAACUCCAAUAAAUCUUUAUAUUUGCUUUAUAGUUUCUUCAGACAGAUUGACGUUCUCUCAACUUUAUGAGGUGCAUCCUGUGAUGCUUUUGAAACUUUGUGUCCCAAUAAUGUUGAUGCUCACCUAUUUCAGUUACAUAAAUACAUAAAUUCAGUCACCUAUGUCCAAACAUUUGACUGGUGUUUUUUAACUGUGUUUACAAUUGCUUUAGAAGCCUUAGAAACUGAUUAUGGUAAGGGGUGUUACAUUUUCAACACACGCUUGAGGUGUUUGGCCAAUCACAGCGCACCAGGUCAGCUGGCCAAUCAGAGCACUCUGGGCUUUUCAGAAGGAGGGGCUUUUGUAGAAAACCUUUGUAGGUACUGCAGGAAAGUACAGUAUGUGAAAAAUAAUGUUUUUUGAGCAUUAAAACAUGGUAACCUAUUCUGUGACAUCCAAUAAACAAAAUAAUGAACUUUUAAAAUA